AUGGAAGGUUCUCCAAAGGGUAAGGGCAUGCAAGAAAAGGAAGAGCAGGGAAGAGCAGAUCAAGUUCGAUACCGAGGGGUCCGAAGGAGGCCGUGGGGGAAAUUUGCGGCGGAGAUACGUGACCCUUCUAGGCAUGGGCAGCGCCUGUGGCUAGGAACGUUUGAUACUGCAGAGGCGGCGGCUAGGGCUUAUGACCGGGCUGCUUUUAACCUAAGAGGUCAUCUUGCUAUCCUAAAUUUCCCCAAUGAGUACUAUGCUCAACUCCCAAACCCUCCUUAUCUCACAUCAUCAUCAUUUUCACCGUCGUCGUCGUCUUCUUCUCCAUCUGCUCGUAGUGGGAGUGUCGACAAGGGAGGUUCAUCAAGUGGACAACAAAGGCAAGUCAUUGAGUUUGAGUACUUGGAUGACAGUGUGUUGGAAGAACUUCUCCAAUCAGAAGAAGAGAAGAAGAAAAAAGGACAAGAUUGA